GCUGGCGGUGCGACGGUCACAACCAGCUGCGCCGGCGACAGAGUUAACUCGACCUGUGACACGGUCUUGAGCGGGGUCCCGACAGCGCGUACGGUAGCGAACGGGUCACUGUGCUCUCCGUGUCACACGGCCUUAGAUACGAGAGCUGCGAAAUUGGGGAGAACAGUUCCACGCUGCCUUCCGGUAAUUGUCACCCGAGGUCCGUUGCCUUUUCAACUACAUUACAUAGGACCCCUUUAUAUGAAUUCUACUAAGUGGAAGUGCCUCUGUGAGCACGUUAUCUGAAUUUUUCUUGGCAACUCAUUCGGUGUUAUCAAGAUGACUGCUAAAAUCAGUGAAGGGCAUGGUGGAAGACGAGGAAUGCUUAUGCAGAUUAUCACGACCGCUUCAUUCUCCAUGACCCAUUUCAACAUGGCGGCGGCGGUGGCGUUCAGCGGCGUCUUCACGGAGCAGCUGACCUCCGAGGACGCCGACCUGGCGCUGACCGUGUCGCAGGUCUCGUGGAUUGCGUCCGUCUUCAACAUCGGCUCCGUGGUAGGCUUCAUCACGUCCAGCUACGUCAACCCGCUGCUGGGCACGGUACGCCUGGUCCAGAUCUUCUCGCCACUGGUGGCCGCCGGGUGGAUGCUGAUGGCGUUCGGCGGCAGCUUCUGGGUUAUCCUGGCUGGCCGGGUGCUGGUCGGCGUAUCCGUUGGAGUCUGCCUCGGGCCCACCGUCACCCACGUCGGCGAGAUCUCGUCAGUGAACGUGCGCGGUUUUCUGACCACCUCACUCAUCGUGAACGGCUGCUUCGGCAUCACAUGCACCUAUCUCUUCGGGUGGCUGCUGGGCUGGCGACAUUCAUGUCUGGUCAUCGGCAUCGGCCCAAUGGCACUGCAGUUCCUGACGUCACUGAUGUUUCCACGUUCGGCCAGAUGGCUUGUCUCCAAGGGACAUCCGCUGGAGGAGGCGGAGCGAUCUCUGCGCUUCUACCAUGGCCAGAGCUAUGACGUCGACAAGCAGAUUGAGGAAAUCAAGCAGUCGCUAGGCAACGCGCACAAGCAUGACGCGACACUGCUGCAGGUGCUGUGUCUGCUCAAGCACCGGCACAACCUCAUACCGUUUCUCUUGAUUCUCGGCCUGUACUUAUGCUUUGUAUUCUCUGGUGGCCUGACAGCCACCUCAUUUGCGCCGGUUGUCUUUAAAGACGUGGGAGGCUUCAGUAACCCUUACAUAGGCUCGAUCUUGUUAGGGGUCGUCCGAACAAUAACCACCGUCCUCCUCGGCAUCAUCAUGGAGCGUGUCGGACGAAAUACGCUGCUGAUGAUAAACGGACUGGUCGGGGCGGCCGCCUGCCUCGUUUGCGGCUGCUACUUCUACUAUAGCGAGGAGCUAGUCGACUACGGCUGGAUCGCACUGGUCUCCAUUCUCGCCAUCGUCUGCUCCAUGUCCGCCGGCAUCAGUCCCCUGAUGAACGUUAUGUUCUCAGAGCUGCUGCCCAAUGCUAUCCGCGCCGAGCUGGGCGGUGUGUGCUUGCUCUUCUUUGGCACGGCCAAUUUUGUCAUGGUGUAUUCGUUCCCGUUGGUUGUCUCCAGCCUCGGUAUGUACGGAGUAUUCUGGUUUUUCACGGCCAUGCACUUAAUGAUGUUUUUAUUUGCGAAGUUUUUCUUGCCAGACACGGGAGGGAAAUCUAUAGAGGAAAUACAAAUGAUGUUUGUGAAACAUGUCGUAAACGCAGCAAGUGGACCGGUGCACAUCCAUGUGGAAGAAAGAAGAGGAAGUCUCAGUGCUGAAACGCUCGAUUCCAAUUGUUACGACGGCCCUGCGACACCGUACACGCCAGACGUGGAAACGUGAAAGGCGUCGUGGGCCUGACAAACGCCUGCAUUAUGCGACUCUG